CCUCCUAGUGUGCGGCUUGUCGUCGGAGUCCGGUGCGAAGCGACUUGGUUGGACUGUAAACACGCGGACGUGCUAGAAGUACACACAGUCCCUCUCGCCGAUAACAACAGCGGAUGUACGGCAAGCAACCGGCCGUGCACCGAGAUAGAUAUUCAUCCUGUUCUAAGAGAUUUAUCUAGCUCACUGAGGAAAUAUCGAGGAUAGUUUGUGUGUAAGUGUGCCGAGAUUUAUCUAAACCAUUAUCAAGGAAAUCUAAGUAGAAAUUCAAACCAUCGGUACGUCAUCAAUUUGGAUUGAACGUUAACACUAACUCAUCUUUUACAAAAGCUGAAAAAAUAUCAUCGGAUUACUUACAACACCCGGCUGAUUUUCCCAGCACCUCAGCUAACAACUGACCACAGGAGUUAUAGCACGCGAUCAACUGACCACUACUCGCCCGUUACUGGAUUUAUUUACUUAACACCUGUGCCACCGUUUGUUUGACCGGCGCCACACCUCACCCUGCCCAUGUUGUAAGCUAGGGGCAGCUGGACUGACCAGUCGCUCGUCACUGGCCUGUGGCUAGCAGGCGGCUACUUACAUCAUCUAUGGGGAGAUUCUAUUGAAGAUCCCACCAGGUGACAUCACAAGUUGGAUUUUCCCUUCGAAUUCCCCGCUCAACCCGGAGUUGGCUCCGCUCGAGAGGUGAGUUACUUCCCUUCCACGAUGAUGAUCAAUCACUUUAUGGACACCGGCCCCGGCCCUCACGGGCUCGGCCACGGCGCCCUCAAACUCAGCCCGGGCAACCCGAUGGGUGACCACACGGCCGGGCUCCACCACAACCAGUUCGCGACCCCCGCGAACGGCUACGGGAUGACCCCACACAGCCAUCAUUCUCAGAUAUCAACGUACGCCGCCAGAGACUUCUUGAUACGCCGGGCGGAACAGUUCAACAUCCCCGGCCACGACGGCAGCGGGGGGCACGCGGGGAUGUUUGGCGUCCCGUCGUCCGUCAGCAUGGGGCUGCACACCCCCCACCACCCUGAUUCCUCCGCUAGUCACGUUUUAUUCCAGGGACUCUCAGACCCAAGUGCCGGUCAUCACGUGAACACCCAGAUGUUCCCUUACCACCGCCCGGACCAAUUCAACCAAAUGGGCCCCCCUCGGCCGGACCAUUUCGGGCCCCCGCAACAUUUAAAUCACAUGAACCCCAUGGGCCACCACCGGAUGAACAUGGGCCCCCACGGUCCGGGGGCUUUCUACCCCUUCAUGCGCCACCCCAUCAAACAAGAACACACCUGCCUCUGGGUAGACCAAGACCAAGCCGAGCCUAAAAAACCCUGCAACAAAAUCUUCACCACCAUGCAUGAGAUCGUCACGCACAUCUCCGUUGAGCACGUGGGCGGGCCGGAACAGGCCAACCACGCCUGCUACUGGCAGGGUUGUCCGCGGGAUGGGAGGCCGUUCAAGGCCAAGUAUAAGCUGGUCAACCACGUGCGGGUACACACCGGAGAAAAACCGUUCCCGUGUCCGUUCCCGGGCUGCGGGAAGGUGUUUGCCCGGUCGGAGAACCUGAAAAUACACAAGCGGACCCACACAGGUGAGAAGCCCUUUAAGUGUGAGUUCGACGGCUGUGACCGGCGCUUCGCCAACAGCUCAGACCGGAAGAAGCACUCGCACGUGCACACGAGCGACAAGCCUUACAACUGUAAGGUCAAAGGUUGCGACAAGUCCUACACCCACCCCAGCUCGCUGAGAAAGCACAUGAAGGUCCACGGCAAGACGUCGCCGCUGCCGGACGGGUACGACUCGGACCCCGAGAGCCCGUCCAGCGAGUCUAACCAGGCUCCGAGCCCAGCGUCGGUGUCCUCCCCGCCGGUCAACUCACCCCCGUCGUCACAGCAUCAGCAGAUGUCGUCGCAACAACAACAACAACAGCAGCAGCAAAGCCAACGCCAGCAGCAGCAACAACAGCAGCAGCAACAACAGCAACAACAACAGCAUCGGUCGUCGGUGCCCCAACCGCCCCACCCCAUCCCCGCCCUCGCGCCUGUACAUUCCAACGCCGGUCACCUGAUUUCCAGCCCGCCGUCCCUCCCCCACCUCCCCCACCACCCUAACCCUCUUCUAUCCCACCAUCACCCGCACCACCCCCAUCCUCACCAUCCCACGAGCUUAAGCGAGUGGUACGUCUGUCAGAGCAGUGGUUCUAUGCCCACCCCUCCUAGCGACCAUUCCCCUCUCUCCACCCUCGGGCAUAUAUCCCUACACCCCCCUCAAGUCUUACAAUACACAUAAAAAUAUUCUAGAACUUUCCGUCCUUAGUAAAUAAAAAAAAAAAUACUCAACACUGGAUUAAAUGGUGCAUCGCUUUACCCACUAUUCAGAAAAUUCCUAUUCGCCCAAUACUGACGGGAAUGCAUUACUGAAACUGCUGGAAUCAAUUUAAAAAGAAGAAAAAAAAACAAAAAUUUAGGAACAGAAUAAUUUAAAACGGCUAUUUUUAGCCUGAAAAUGGAUACAUUCAGUAAACAAAGAAAAAAAAACAUGUUUUUUUCUUUUAAAUAUUUUAAAAUUAUUCACCUAAAUACUAGGCUAACCAAAAUGUGUAUUUAUGUCCAAAGACUCAAUGAUCACAUGAUUUCACUGUUGAAAAAAACAAUAACAAAAACAUAAGGAAGAGCUCAAGUUAAGGGAAUAUCCGCUCAAUCUAUUUCUGGAACAAAAAAAAACACGGUUGCGUUUUCUUUUGUGUGUGCUUUUGUAAUUCUCGGAAAUCACAUCCGGUUCGGACGAGUUAUCUACCUUGAUGGAAGACAUAUCUAGAAUCAAAGACAGCCGAGAUGUCGCUAGAUGGCAUCGAGUUUCUCCUUUUCGGAUUUGGACUCUUUGUUUGCCAGAGAAAGAACGCCUGCGCA